AUGGCGGACAUUAAGGAUGAGGUAGAAUAUUGGUCGACAGCAGUAGUAUGCUAUGUACUGGGUUCAAAUCCUCCACAAAUAAUAAUUGAUGGUUAUUUUAGAAGAAUUUGGGGAGGAUUAGGGAUUGAUAAGGUAGUUCAACUAAACAGGAGAGUUUUCAUGGUUCGAUUUCACAGUAUAGAAAGCAGGAAUAAGGUGGUAGAAGAAGGAGUGCAGAUGUUUGACAGAAAACCAAUGAUCGUUAAGCCAUCGAAGUCUGAUAUGGAAAUUACUAAGGAACAUAUGGAAAACAUUCCAAUAUGGGUGAGAAUGGUGGGGCUGGAUGUCAAAUACUGGGGGCGAACAUCACUUACAAAAAUUACUGGGCUGAUAGGAAAACCUUUGAGAACAGAUGCUGCAACUACAAAGAGAGAAAGGCUAACAUAUGCAAGAGUAUUAGUUGAAGUGAAAUUGAAUCAGGAAUAUCCAACAAGUAUCAGGUUUGAAAAUGAGGCAGGAAAGAUAGUGGAACAGAAAAUUCAUUAUGAAUGGAAACCAGUUAUGUGCGAGAAAUGCAGAAAUUAUGGUCAUGAAUUGAAUGAAUGUCGAAAAUUUAUAAAGGAGGAACAUGAGAAGAAUGAGAAGAAGCAAGAGUUAGAAAUGCAGGAAAAAAUAGAACAACAAAAUGUAGGAGAAGGAACACAGCAGGGGAAAACAUAA